AUGAUGAUGGACCUUUUUGAAACUGGCUCCUAUUUCUUCUACCUGGACGGGGAGAAUGGAGCCCUGCAGCAGCUGGAGAUGGCAGAGGGAUCCCCACUGUACCCAGGCAGCGAUGGCACCUUGUCCCCCUGUCAGGACCAAAUGCCGCCAGAGGCCGGCAGUGACAGCAGCGGAGAGGAGCAUGUGCUGGCACCCCCGGGACUACAACCCCCUCACUGCCCCGGCCAGUGUUUGAUCUGGGCUUGUAAAACUUGCAAGAGAAAGUCGGCCCCCACGGACAGGCGGAAAGCAGCCACCCUGCGGGAGAGGAGGAGACUGAAGAAAAUCAACGAAGCCUUCGAGGCUCUGAAAAGGCGGACUGUGGCGAACCCCAACCAGAGGCUGCCCAAGGUGGAGAUCCUGAGGAGCGCCAUCAGCUACAUCGAGAAGCUGCAGGACCUCUUGCACAGGCUGGAUCAGCAGGAGAAAAUGCAGGAGAUCGGGGGGGACCCCUUCAGCUUCAGCCCCAAGCAAGGGAGAGGCUCCGCCGUCGAGUCGUCGGCCUCCAGCAGCCUUCGCUGCCUCUCUUCCAUAGUGGACAGUAUUUCUUCCGACGAGCCCAAGCUGCCCAGCGUGGAGGAGGUGGUGGAGAAAUAA